AUGCCCUCUGUUUGGCUCUUCGCCAUUGAUGAACGCAGAAGGAACAAAGAUGGCGGCACCAGUGACUCGGAAGCGGAGGAAGAGAAGCUGGAGGAGCUGGAGACGCUGCUCAAAGUUCAUGACCCCGAGUUUCAGAAAGAAAUGGACGUGGGUGGACUGUCGGGCGAGCUGUCCCUGGCUGAGUCGUAUCGUCUGCAGCUAGGCAUAGAGAGGAUCAGGGCGCCGGAACUUUUGUUUCAACCGUCGGUGCUGGGAUUGGAUCAGGCCGGUCUGGCAGAGACGAUGGAGUUCAUGUUGAACAGGUUAGAGGCGGAGAAGCAAGACAGGAUAGUUCAGAAUGUGUUCCUCACAGGAGGCAGUGCCAACCUGAAAGCCUUCAAGGACAGGAUCGACUGGGAGCUGCUACAGAUGAGACCGUUCCAGAGCUCCUACAACGUCUUCUGUGCAGCCAACCCCAGCCUGGACGCGUGGAACGGAGCGAGGAAGUUUGCCAUGUCGCCUCUCCUGACGGCCGGCUCCAUCACCCGCAAAGACUACGAGGAGAUGGGGGAGGGUUAUCUCAGGGAGCACGUGGCAGCCAACAAAUAUUUCCCCAACCCUCUACCGGCGGCCCAGAAGUCGUAAAUUGUUCGAACUGCAGUGACAUUGUUUUGUUUGUUUGGUUGUUGUUGUUGGGUUGUUGUUGUUUUUUGUUUUUUUG